UGCUUUACAUGUAGCAUAAGACAGACAGGAGUUAGGAAUCUUCGUCUGAAUCGGCUGUUUCUUAUCUCUUUGGUAACGAAUAUGGCACCGUUUACCUUCGCCAUCGUGUUGGUCAUCAUACCUGGACUGGUUCACUCUCAGACAGUUGCCCCGACUAGAUUUCCGGAUGUAGUGUCUGCCCUAGCGGCCAACGGUCACUUCACCGUGUUUCUAGACCUGCUCAACUCCUCUGGUUUACUACCCAGGAUCAACGCAUCCGCACAUUUCACGAUAUUCGCCCCGACGGACGACGCCUUUGCCCGGCUGUCCGCCGAUGACUUCGAUAAAAUAAAGAACAACCAGACCAGGCUGGCUGAGAUCGUGGGGUUCCAUGUCGUUCUGACCACCAACUACCGCAUCCACGGCACCCAGCAGGACGAUGUGCUGAGGUCAUCCAACCACUACCCUAUCAGGAUCAACACCUACAACAUUUUGCACACCGUGGCAGCUGAUGGUGUCAACAUCACCAUCAAGAACAUCCCCAUCCUCCACGGGCUGGCCCACGGGCUGGACGGUGUCCUGACCCCACCCACCCAGAGCAUCAUGCAACUCAGUCUCAGCAGGCCAGACAUCAGCACCUUCUCCCAGUGGGUGGUCAACGCUAAUCUGCUCAACUUCUUCACUAACGAUAAGGACGUCACAGUGUUUAUCCCCAACAACGCAGCCUUCGCUAAACUGAGUUCAGAUAUAACGACAUUCCUCAACAGUCACCAUGCUAACAUGGCAGAGACGUUAAAGUUCCACGUCGUUAACGCCAUGACCUUGUUUAGUAUUGGGAUGACCCACAGCAUCAGUCUGACCUCUGGGGACAACCACCACGACGGCCUGAUGAUACUGCAGGAUUCAGCCGGAGCACUGAACGUGAACCACGCCAAGAUUGUAGAGAAAGACAUCAUCACCACCGAUGGCGUCGUGCACAUCAUCGACAGCGUCUUGGUCCCACCUCGCGUCUUGGUAGCUCUCCAAGAUCAAGGAAUCGUUGUCGGUUAAAUUUUGUGGGUGCUGUUCAAAAUCAAUGUAGCCAUCUUUGUUUAAUGUUUUAUUAUAUCAGCAACAAUGCUUUUUAAAUUUCUGCCCAAAAUCAGUGUAGCCAUGUUUGUUUAAUGUUUUGUUAUAUCGGCAACAAUACACAUGUUUAUUAAAUUUCUAGGGGCUGUCCGAAAUCCAUGUAGCCAUGUUUGUUUAAUGCUUUUUUAUAUCAGGCAACAAUAUACACGUUUAUUAAAUUUCUAGGGCUGUCUGAAAUCCAUGAAGCCAUGUUUGUUUAAUGCUUUUUUUUAUAUCAGGCAACAAUAUACACGUUUAUAAAUUUCUGGUGCUGUCCGAAAUCAAUGUAGCCAUCUUUGUUUAUUGCUUUGUUAUAUCAGGCAACAAUGCACAUGUUUAUUAAAUUUCUGUGCCUGCUCAAAAUCAAAGUAACCAUAUUUGUUUAAUGUGUUGUUUACACUAGCCAAUAGUACAUAUUUUUGUUGAAUUUUUGAGAAAAGUGAAGUAUUAAAGACCAAGGUAUCAUGU